CACACGCACACAACAAACAACAAACAAUAAGAAAAAAACCGCGCCAACACACAUCGACACAGCACCAACAACAGCCACCACCGACAGCGGUGCACGAUGCCGUCAUACUCGCGGUCGACCACCCGCUCGCGCCGGUCGCAGCCAGCGCCCUCCCUCGCAAAGUCCAACGCGGAGCCCACGGCUUGUCUGUGCGGACGCCUGUGGGACUAUGAUCAGCAGAUGGUGGAGUGCGGCCGAUGCAAGAUGUGGCACCACCUCAAAUGCGUGCGCAUCCCAGACUUUGGUCCACACAUGCUUGCCUCGAUGGACUACGCAUAUGAGUGCGCACAAUGCUCUCCAAAGAACGAGUGCUUCUUUGAGCGACAAAAGCCAACUUUCAAGCACAUUGUGUUGACGGCGCUGUGGAACCUGCAGAAGGAGGUGCAGAAGGAUGCACCCGACCGCGAAUUUGUAUCCAUCUCAAACGAGUUGAUUCCGUUCAUCGAGAAGCACGCGGAGCAACUCAUGCACAAGCGCACAGAGAGCGAGCGAGAGGGCUGGCAGACAAAGUGCAAGCGCGUUCUCGGGCAAGAUCACCAGUGCUGGGAGCGGCGCGGCGAUGAUGAAGUCCGAUUCGUCAACUGGAGGGAGCCGUGGCUGAUGGCAUCUGACCCGCCGCCCUCCGCAAAACGCCAGGCCAGCGACACCGCAAAGCCCGCAAAACGGGCAAAAGCGCCCAUUCAGGACCCGGCCGUCGUUGCCGUGCCGUACACAAAGGAGGGAUGGCGGUACGAGUACGCGCAACCGGCGAGCGGCAGCAGCGAGCACAGCACGUCAUAUCGCAUCGUCCGCUGGCAAUCCCCGCCGCAGAUUGCAUCAGGG